AUGUUAUUUGUCCCUGUGAGCAAAGAGGGACACUUCUGCCACCCUAAUCAGCGCUGCAGCUGCCAGCCCAAAUUGGGAGGAGGUGGGCAAUCGCUUAUCUGUGCGGCCCUGGAACCGUGUUCAAGGGCCGCCAGAGCUCUUCGCCGUGAGAAAAAAGGUCGAAGCCGAAACAAGCCGGCCGCUGUAGUCCUCAGCCGCUGCCCAGAUCCUGGGCCAAAAUGCCGCUUCGUGCCGCCGCGACCAAGCCGCCGACCCGCCGAUCAGGUCGCUGCUACCUCCGUUCUGCCUCAAUGCCUCCUUGGGGCUCAUAUAGGCCCAACAGCCUCGUCCCAACGAGGCUACCGAGCACGAGUCUACAACUGUGACAGGCAGGAGCAGAGCCCGACAACAUCUAUAGAAAUUUCUGAAUAUUCCUCAGACAAUGAAAAUGUAGAUGAAUGCCAAAUAGAAACUACGGCAGCUAAUUUAGAAUUGCCAAAAAAUCUCCAGUUAAGUUUUGGAGCAGGGUCUGAGCUGGAUACUGGAAGAUCUGCAACUGACUGGUUAAAAUCUGCUCAGGCUGUUCUGCAAACACCUAAGAAAAAGAUAGACAAGAAUUUGAAGAGUCUAGAUGAUUCUGCAAAGAAACGAAAAUUACUAAGAGGAGGACUAGCAGAACGACUGAAUAGACUGCAGAACCGAGAGAGGGCUGCCAUUAACUUUUGGCGACAUAAUUGUAUUUCAGAUAAUCAAACGCCAGGUGGUAAGUCUGGUGUACUAAUGGUGAAGAUCUUGGAAAUGCAUGAAGAAUGCAUUCUGUGCAUAGCUAUCUGCCAUCAUUUGGAACAAAUUUGUGCUGCCAGUUCUUCUAUAGAAGAAAUUCAGCCGAGAAUUAAAGUUCUUUUUGCAAAAGAAACAGCUGCUCGUCUCAAGGUAGCUGCACAAGAUGUCAUAUGUAUCUAUCCUCCUUGGCAAAAACUUCUUCUGCCAAAUGAAAAUGUUCCAGUAAUUUUGAAUACCUACUUUAGCCAAAAGGUCUUUCUCAAAGAACCAAAAGAAUUGAGUAGGCCACGUUUCGAGGAGUUAUUGCUUACUAAAAGGAACAUAUAUCUGGCCCAGAUAUUCAGUUUAUCUGAUCCAAAAGAAAGUCAACCUCAAGCAUCUGCUGUUAAUCAGGUUUCCUGUCCCAAUAUGAAGGCUUUCAAGGCUACACACACUCAUAGCAACAGUGAGCCCAAACUAUCCCCCUUUGCAGUUACUUCCUUGAGUGACUCUCUUCUUGAUGUUGUGGAGACACAAGGAAGAAUGGGAGGAAGAGGAAUACAGGUGCAUGUGGUUGUUCAAAGAGUGUAUUAUCUGUUUGCUAAAGAAGGGUUUGGAUGCCACCGUCAAGGAAAUGACCCUACCCAAAGCACAGCAUCGUUGCUAAAUUCAGAUCUGCAAAAUGUUAGAUUGUGUCUCCUUCUUCAAGAUGCUUAUGGGAUGUUCAGUGAGGUUCAGUUUCAGAUCUUAUCAUCGUCUCUAGAACCGAUUGAAGAAUACAGCAAAAGGUGGGAAGGAAAGUACUGUGAUGUAUCUGGUAUAAAAGUUCAGCACAGAGUCACCAGAGGAAGAAAGCCGGGGCUUUUUAGCCUAAUAGACAGCUUGUGGCCUCCAGUGUUGCCUCUAAAAGUUCCUGGUCAUAGUCAAGAGAAUGCCAUGACUGCAGUGAACCUGCCCCCUCCUAGUUUCUGCUACGUUCUUGCUGCUCAUCCUGACCACGUCGAUGCUACUGGAGGAGAGCAAGUUUCAGAUUUGUAUUCUCCUCCAGCUGUGUACACUCUCAAGGAAAUUCUUCAGAUGUGUGACUUAAAUAAGUGUUGCAGCUUUUGGGCACAUGUUAUGCAUCGAAGACUGAAGGUUACAGGCACUGCUCCCUCAAGCCAAAUACAAUUUUGGCUGUUUGUGACCGACUUCUCACUACAGGGUGAGGCUGAGGUCAGUGUGAAAACUCCCAGAGCUCUGCCGGUCUCCAUUGCUUCCUCAUGUGUGGUUGAUAUGGAAGUGAUGGAGGUACUCAAGAAUACAUCCCACUGUGUUGUUUUCUUCAAGGAUGCCCUUUGUGGAAAUGGUAGGAUUAUUUGCAUUGAACGUACCAUUCUCUCGCUACAAAAGCCCCUUUUGUGUAGGGCUGCUGGUGCUGACAUCACCAAACUGACUGGCCCUGUCAGACUAGAUGAGCUGGAUUCUGCAACUCCAGUCAAUUCCAUUUGCACUGUAAGAGGCAUUAUUGUUGGUGUUAAUGAGGGAACUGCGUUCUACUGGCCUGCAUGCAAUAGAUGUGGUAAUGGAAAAGUAGAGCAGCAUCCACAAGACGGGGGAUCACUAUACUGCAGCAAGUGCUCAGAAGCCAUAACUUCUCCAGUUCUUAAAGUGCACCUAGAAGUCUUUCUGUACUGUCAGUCCCGACCACUUUGCACAGUAAAAGUAAAGCUGCUGCAGAGGACCAUUUCUUUGCUUCUGAAGACUUCCUCCACUAAGGAUGGGAGUUAUGAAGUGAAGAGUGUGCUGGGAAAGGAGGUGGGGUUUUUAUAUUGUUAUGUCCAGUCUGUAACUAACCACCCAUCUAGCUGUGUGGAACUGGAAGAAAUUGUUCUUCCUUCUGCAGAAAGAAAGGAAAUUCUGCCUGCAAUUCAGUCUACGAACUUUGUAGUAUAGUUAAGUAUUACCGGUACCGGUACUUGAUUCUAGACGUGCUAUCAACUGAGUGAAGUUUACUGAGAGAUAACUUUGAAAGUAAAUUGCUGGGGUUUUUUAGCAUUCACUACUGGGCAUGAGCCAACCCUCAACAAGCAUUUUCAAUUCCGUUUGAUUUGAAUUUGAGAAAUUACAUGUGCUUAAGAUCCUUCUGUUGAAAUAAAUGGAACUUACAAAUGCAAAUGUUUGGCUGGAUUAUAUCCAUUGUAUAUGUAUUUCUAGUCCAUCACAAACCAUUUCAGAGCACAGGAUUUAAAUGUGAUUCUCCAGCAAUAUAGUCUUCAUGUGGAAGAUGUUUUUUUGUCAUGAGUUUGAGGGACUGUAUUUUUUAUAA